AUGUACCGAAGCAUCCUUUUGGACAAAGAAAGCGGCAUAUAUCUGGGCACACUUAGGAGCCCCGAGAAGGAAGACAGCGCUGAAGAGGCUGGCACUGGUAGCAGUGGGAGUCUGCUGCCAGUUCCCAACUUCGGGGCGACCCAGGCCUAUUCUCACUACAUAGGGCAUCACCACAUGCCCAACAUGGAUCUCCGCGGGCCGUCACUGGGAACCUGGGGCUCACUAUACAGUCCCCUCCGGGAAGACUGGAGCGCAUACUCUGGUCUAUCCAAUACAAUGGGCGCGGUCCUCAUGGAGGACAUGACCUCUAGCCCAGCCGCUUUUGGCUUGCAGGAGUACAGCAACCUAGGCCCUACGGCUAGCGGAAACAAUAGCGGUAGCCUGCCAGCCCCAGCAGACGGGACACUGGUCCCCAUUGAAGCGGAAACCGCUAACGCUAGCUCCCCCAGCAGGAACCAGCACAGCCCUUAUGCGUGGAUGCGCAAGACAUUGCAGGUGACGGGUAAAACCAGGACAAAAGAAAAGUAUCGUGUUGUUUACACAGAUCAUCAAAGGCUGGAGCUGGAGAAAGAAUUCCACUGCAAUAGAUACAUCACCAUCAGAAGGAAAUCAGAGCUGGCAGUCAACUUGGGCCUUUCUGAGAGACAGGUGAAAAUUUGGUUUCAGAAUCGCAGAGCCAAGGAGAGAAAGAUGGUCAAGAAGAAAAUCUCCCAGUAUGAGAACAGUGGAGGCUCAGUGAAAAGUGACUCUGGUUCCAUCAGUCCUGGUGAACUGCCUAACACUUUUUUUACCACCCCAUCUGCUGUCCCUGGAUUUCAGCCUAUUGAGAUACAACAGGUCAUUGUCUCUGAAUGA